CUUGAAUGUUGUUGAGGUUUUCUAGUUGGUCUUGAAAGAGAAAAAGAGGAUUAACUGAAUUGAACUAAUCGAUAAUAAGACAUGAAAAAUGUCUUCGUCAAGAUAAGAAAGAGAGAUGAAUAAUUUAAACUUUUCUUUUCCCAUUUAACAAGCUCUUUCCUUCCCAUAUUGUUACAGAAAAUCUGAUUACUAUUUAAGAGUAAAUAGAUAUUGUUAACUCGCUUCUAGAUAAUUACCAUCAAUUCAACGGCUCUUGGGAAGGAGGUUAAUUGGUCAAAUUGGAUAAAGAUCAUUUCUCUUUUCUUACUUUUGUCCGGGAAUAAAACUUUUCCUUUUUUCAUUAAUUAAUUGCAACCAACAGUUUGAGCGAAUUUCCACCAGGAGUCUCUAGUGAGGAAACAACGUGUUCCAAACAUAUGAUGUGUUUGUUUACUUUUUUAUCUUUUUUAUCUUUUCAUUAAUUUCAUUUUUCAUUCGGUUUAAUUGUCACCAUUAACAAUGAGUUGGUUAACCAAAAUCAAACAAAUCUCUUUGGAAGAUACGAUAUUCGACAGCAAAUUUCACCCAAGCAAACCCAACAUUCUGGUCUGUGUCACUGUUUCUGGUGAUCUUUUCAUUUUGGACACUGAUAAUGCUUCUAAUCCGAUUGCUGUUGAGCUGAACAACGUUCAUAGCGGUGCACCAAUUAGAAAAGUAGCUUUUACUGACGAUCAUAAUAUUAUCACUGCUGCAAGAACUUUAAAGGUCACCGAUUUCAAUACCGGAAAGGUAAUUCGUAAAAUUAAGCCUGAUCAACCUCGAAGUAAAAUCUUCUCUCUUUUGGUUAUUGACCACUGGUUAGUUUGUGCCGGCGACGAUGAAGGACGAUUUCGAGCAUGGGACUACCGAGUUGAUCGGGGAACAUUUAUGGAUCUGAAGAAAAGUGAAGAUCACAUCAGUGAUUUGGAUAUCGAUUCACAGAAAAGGAUUGUUGUUGCAUCAAGUGGGGAAGGGACAUUAACUGCAUUUAAUAUAAGAUCCCGACGAAUGGAGGAACCACAAUCUGAGCUAUUUGAUGCUGGUUUCCAAUGCGUUCGAUAUUAUGAAGAUCGAGGAAAAGUUCUAGUUGGGGCUGAGGACAGCGCGAUAAACAUAUUCAACAUCGGUCAGUGGGGAAAUAUAAGUGACCGAUUCCCUGUGAAAACUCGUCUUCCAUCUCGUAAAAUGGCAGGAAACGUCAUAGAUUCCAUGGAAUUGAUUGGAGAUGACAAAUAUGUGGUAUUAGGUUGUUCAGAUGGUCACUUGCGGCUACUCAGCAUUUUACCGAAUAAAGUUAUUGCUUCGGUCAGUGAUCAUCAGACUUCCAUUGAAAGUUUAACAGUAAACAAGAAUACAAAAGUAAUUGCAUCAACAGAUUGUUCGACUGUCCAUCUUCACCAAUUCGAAGAACAAAAUGAGCCUGAAAAAGCUACAACUUCUUCGUCCAGUUUUUUUUCAGAAUUGUGAUAAAACUGUUGAAAUGAUGAAGAAAAAAAUAAUGUUUCCAACAUGAUGAUCAUUAUCACUUUCCGAUGAUUAAAUCAGUCUCUGUUUUGUUAAGUUGAGGCCCAGUAAUCAAUCAAAUAAACUCUAUUAUUGUUUAA